CCCCGCCCCCCCAAACAACAAAAAAAAAAAUAGCUUUUAGCUUUUUUCUUUUCCUGUUCUCAGUGAGUGUUGGCCAUGGGAAGAGCUCCAUGUUGUGACAAAGAUAACGUGAAGAAAGGGCCAUGGUGCCCUGAAGAAGAUGCUACUUUAAAAGAAUAUCUCAAGAAACAUGGCACUGGUGGAAAUUGGAUUGCUUUGCCUCGUAAAGCAGGCCUUAAACGCUGCGGCAAGAGUUGCAGGCUCAGAUGGCUGAAUUAUCUCAGGCCAGACAUCAAGCGUGGAGGCUUCACUGAGGAAGACGACAAAAUUAUCUGCACUCUCUAUGGUAGCAUUGGAAGCAGAUGGUCUGUUAUAGCUUCCCAACUGCCGGGUAGAACCGACAAUGAUAUCAAGAACUACUGGAACACCAAGUUGAAGAAAAAACUACUGCCAGGAAAUGGUUCAUGUCCCAAGAGUGAAGACAUGAGCAAUGAGACUACAAAUGAUAUCAGUCAUCUCAACUUGCAACAGUUUUGGGCUUCAAUUCCAACAGCUAAAACGUGUGAUUCUGGAAAUUCAGCUUGUUUUGAUACAAAUUCCAAUGCAUUGCCAUAUACAUCGGAAUCAAACGUUCAAAAUUAUGAUUCGAAAGGCCUAGUUCCGGACCCAUCUCAGAUUAUUUCAAGGUCUUUGCAAGUUUCUGGUUUUCACACAAGUGGGAGCGGAAGUGAGAAUUACAGUAAAACAUCAUCUCAGGGCUUGUCGGGUCUUUCAACUUCAUCUACUUUGGCUUUGGAGAACAGUUACGGAUUGUGGUCCGGCAUCAAUGGAAGUGUUAAAGAAGACGGAAUAAUGCAUAUGGAUUUUGGUUGUGAGUCCCAUGACGAUGAAUUUCUUAAUGGCUGUUUAGGAUUUCAGGAAGAUACUAGAGAACUUGCUCCAUAUUUUGGUAACUCUCCCUAGAAUACUUUGUCGGCCGGCUAAUAUUUCUGAACCUUAACCUACCAGAAUGUAGCAAACUGACC